UUUUGGAACACCAGCAAGAUGGAGGCUCGACGGAAGCAGCAUCAACUCCGUCUCACGGAGAUCAACGACUGGGUGGGAAAGCUCGAGGAGCGAGAUACAGAGCAGCAUGCGUUCGUCCAGCUGAUACAAAUCAUGCCCAAACUCACAUCUGCUCAAGCAUACGAGAUGUACUCACGACUGGAGCGCAACAAGGACCCGGCACGGUCAUCCACACGUGAAGACAUCGUGCUGCUCAUGGCGGCACUAUGCAAGGAACAUCCCGUGGCGUCGGCACGCUUCCUUAAGAAGAUGGUGGCAUAUUUGAACUACCGGUUACGAGACAAGCGCCACAAGGUGACCGACGCAUGCAUGAAGGCAACGGCCGCCAUCUCUCUUUACGUGCUUCCGUCCCUUCCGCAGAUCAUCAGCAUCGACGUCCUCGUCCGGCCUUUCCUCAACGAAACCAACGUGAUGAGCGACGGCGCCGCAAAGUGCAUUGGCGCGAUGCUGCAUCCCCACACGACCAAUUCGCUCUUGGAUCAUGCCACACGAAUACACCCAUAUCUUGUUACGUUUGUGCCGCACCUCGUCUCUCGCUUCCACAGCGCCGUGUACGCCACGUACUCGCCCAUCUUUUACAUCCUCACGGAGAUUCUUCGUCUCGCCAAGGAUUCCCACCACGACAUGCAAGCUUUGUGCGCAAAGGCCUUUCUGGACAUGCUCUUGGCGGUUGAAGGGGUCAUGCAGUUCGCACAGCGAGACGACUGGGUCAACCGGAAGCGCGGCAUCGACCUCCUCAUCGCAUGUCUGCAGUGCUUUCCCCACGACCCUCAAAUCUCUCAACAAAUGACGACCCUGGAACAAAUGGCGGAACGGGGUCGAGGAGAUUUCGCGUCCCCAGUUCGAGACAGUGCCGCGGCGUUGCUUGUCCUUCUGAACGCGUAUGAUGAACAUGGGACCAAAGAUGCCGUCCCUGACAAGUCGACGGCAGACGUGUAUGCCGCUGCACACCCGCGGCCGGCCAUCGUGCCACCGGCGAGUGAAUCCGUGAGUCCGAAGCGGAAGAAAGUGGUGGUGCAGCAUGCCUCCCUCAAGCAGACCCUGCGAGACGACCGGGUGUCCCUUCGAAGUCCCAAACCUGUGUCAUGCGUCAUCCCAGACACCAACCAAGGCGACGUUCCAAGCAUGGACAGCGCCGAUUUCGCCGAAAACGUCAAGGUGGCGAUGGAGGAAGGCAACAUGGAACUCGCGUUGCGCAUUUCGUUGCUCUCCGAGGACAAGACGUUGCUCCGACGAUGGCUGUGCUUCUCCCAGCCAUCCGUGCAGUACUUUCGCGAAACCACACUCAACGCCCUCUGCGCAGCGUUCCUCGAUUUCCUUGAGAACGUCGACGACGCGGCACUCAUCUUUCCGUGGAUUUCUUGCAUGCUUCGAGACGAGUCGCAUCUGCAGCACGUUGAUGCGCGCAUCUCACGGCACAUGGAAGCGCUCCUGGCGGAGCUGUCGGUGAUGCCGACGAAGGAAGGUCUCAUCGCUGCACGGUUGCACCACGAGCUGGCGUCGUGUCUGCAAGCGGAAGGGCGAUGACACAAGAUGGUGAAAGCGUCACCACAUGUAGUCAAACUAUAAAAUCAUAUUAGCCAAUCAAUUUAGGGUAUCUAGAG